UAUGUUAUGUGUUGUCAUGUGCUGCAAAUCAAUAACUAAUUGCAAUGAAACAUUGCAAUGAAACAUGCUACAAACUAGACUACUAUUUCUUUUUAACAACAAGAACAAAAACAACCCUAUAAACAAAUUCUUCAAAAAAUGUACCCUCAACCACACUACCAAUCUCAACCCUUCGAUUCACACCAACAAGAACAGCAGCAACAACAACAACAACCCUACUAUUCGUUUUUCCCUCCCACUUCAGAUUCCUCGCUUCAUCCUCCCGGCACUAACCCAAUUGCAAAUUCAGCACCUUUUUCUGCUUACGCCUCCCAAACAGCAGAUUAUCCGAAUUGGGUCGCUCAACAAUCUGAACCUAUCGCUUACGAUCUUGGCAAUGCUGUUGGUUCUGCAUACGAGGCUUCUGCGCCGUCUGCGUGGAAUGCUACAUGGCCACAUCAAAUUUAUGGCAAUGAAACUACAACAAUGAUGCCUAACCAAACCAAAUUCACCCAAGCAUUGAGGUGUGAAGUGUGUAAAAUUGAUGUCAAUAGCAAAGAUUCAUAUGAAAAGCACGUAGCUGGAAAGAAACACCAGAAGAAUUUACAAAUUGGCGCAAGCAUCCAAGGACAAGCGUUAAUUGGUCCUGUAGUCCUGCAAUCAGCGACUAAUAAACAGGUGGAACAGUCAAGGGUUUGCACAACUUGCAAUGUUUUGUGCACAAGUCACGACACAUAUAUCAAACAUAUUGCUGGGAAAAAGCACGCAGCUCAGGUUUGCUUGAUGUCUAAUGGCGGCAUUGGUCCAUCUAUUGCCGAAUUCAAGCGUAUUGGAGUUCCUCCGUUUCAAAAAGCCGCUAAGAAAAUCAAGGUUGCUCAAUCUGCAUGGUGUGAAACAUGUAAGAUUAAUUGUAACAGCAGGGAUAUGUACAUUACACACUUAGCCGGAAAGAAACACUUGAAGAACUUGGAGAAACUGUCGAAUCCGAAAAUCGACGUUGGCACAAGUACUGCUGCCACUGCGACAAUUACUUUAAUCGGACCACAGGCAAAGCCAGGCACCGAUAAACCAAAAGCAAAGAAGGCAUCGGAACUCGAUAUCGAGUCAAAGAAACGUAAAGUUGUGGAAGGAGGAGCUGCGGUUAAUAAUGUUAAAACAUGUACUUUAUGCAAUGUGGUGUGUAAUAGCGAGACAGUUUUCAAUUUGCACCUUGUUGGGCUGAAGCAUGCUGCAAUGGUGAAGAAAGCAGGAUCAAGCACUGGUUGAGGUUGUUUUUGUCACUGUAUCAUUUAAACUUGGAGAGAAAGAGAGAAUAUGCACUAUGCAGAUUAUCAUUGUUCAAUUGUUAAGUUUCAACGUUUCUAUUGAAUGAAUCUGUAUAGCUUUUUAUUUGUAUCA